AUGACGCCCGACAGGCGUCCAACCCGUUCCGCCAUGCGCGAAAUGGGUGUUGUUCUGGAGCCUACGGCUCUGGAACUACCUACGAAGCGGCGUGCUAAACCCAAAAAACCAGCGCCUGUGGCGACAGUCUCAACCUCCGCAGACAUCGCGAGUCCCGACGUUUCGACGCAGCCAUUGACCCCGGCGGCCUCCGUAAUGCCCCAGCACACAUCCAGUGCCCAAAUGAUCGACAUGUACUUAGGAGGCGACCCAGAGGGCCUGGUUGAAGCGCUCAACCAGGCUGUUACCAUUUCCCCGCCCUCAACCCCGUCGGCAUUACCUGGCGCGACGCCUGGUCCAACGGGUGCGCCACCUGACGACAACGACCCGUUUAACGUCGAUCCCUUCAUCAACCCAAUCGACAACGAGGACGAUGCUAUGCAGGUCGACGUCCCCACCCCACCAGCUCCAGCUGUUCCCCUCGCCCCCAAGUCUUUUCCACCUCUUGCAGGGAAGCUCCCACCCCCUCAUCCAUUGGUAAAGCCGGUGGUACCGUUGGGUGCCAUCGUCGAACCCCUUACGCGGUUGGACCCGCUCCUCCAACCUCUCCUCCAACCUCUCUUCCAACCGUCUCCCUCUCCAAGCACCACCUUGAGCCAAACUGCCCACUCCUCGGUUGCCGAAGGUUCUCCAGGCACGCCAACACCCUCCUCUCGGCUCUCUUCGACUGCGUCAUCAGGCUCCUUGUCGACGCCAGCACCUCAAGCCCCCCAGUCGUCAACUCGCGGUGAUUCGUCAAAGUCCACCUCCGCGCCGCGCAAGGGCCGACCUACCGAGGAGAGUCGCGCACGGGUACUCGAGUUGUUCGAGUCAUCACUGGCCGCGUUUGCCGAGAUUGGCGUUAAACAUGGCCACACGCCUAAGGAGAUGGGAUUGGCCUUUCAGAAGUGGAUAAAGGACGGGUCCAUCACCAUCCCUGUGGUGGAAGGGCAGGACAAGCGUCUCGUUGCCGAUUUCAACGUCUUCAAGGACUGCUUUGAACAAUGCGCGCUGGAAACCGGGAACACAGUCGAAAACCUUAUCUCCCGCUAUCACUCGGAAUAUCUCGCAACCCCUCGCAAACCCAACCCCUACAACCAGUUCCGCUCGCUUAUCAAGUUCCAGGGGGAGAACAGGGAGAAACCUGUGACGGUCUCCCCGGAUGUUGCUAACGAAAACUAUCGCAAGUCGAAGAAGGCUGGAACUCUCGAGCGGAAACUCGGGAUCUGGGAGACCCUGUCGGCUAUUGACGGGCCCAAUCAGACCCUUCAGGCCCGCGAGAAGUAUUUCGAGAAUUUCACUGCCAUCGCGGAUAAGACCGUCGCGGAAGGCGAGAAGCAUAACUUGGAGUCUAUGUUCAUCACCGUGGGCACCUCGAUCCAUCAAGACCAAGGCAUCGUUCACAUCGCGGUUACUCCGACUCUGGAAGGGUUCUUCAAAGACAUGUUGGGUUGUUCGAAGGACGAGCUUACAGGUCUGAUGCGCCUCUACGUCUGUAACAAUAACAAGUCCACAGGGUCCCUCAAGGGUGUCGUUCGCACGAACGUGAGAGAGAACAUUAUCGCCCUCGCCAAGGCAGAGGGGAGUUCUCUAUCGGCAAAGACGUCCAUCAGUGCCCGGCAGUCCUCGUCUGUGGGGUCGGCUGCUUCAUCGGCAGCCGCCAAAACAGUCCACUCGUCGCUCAAGUCGGAUCUGAAGCCGCCGACCAGCACGCCCCAGUCCUCGUCCGUCGGUUCGCAUCCUUCUUCCGCAGCUGCCAAGCCUGUCCGCUCGUCGGUCAAUCCCGCCACAAAAGGUGUCACCGCCCACCAGCCCACCCCGUUAGUUCGCCAAGUCAAGUUCGACGUCAUGCCCAAUACCAUUGUGAUCAAGAACCCGCGAAACACCGCCGGUUCCUACGACUUUAUGAGGGACGUCUUCACUGCUGUACAGAAUUACCUCGGCUGCCCUCCUUCUGCGAACGUUAUGUGGAAGCAACUUCCUUCAAAACUGGGCGAGGCUGGGUGGUGCUUGAGGAACUACCCCGCGCCUGGGUUUCUGGGUUUGCCGGGGGAGGAGGAGAAGGGUGGAAAGAACGGGCAGGGCUUGAAGGGUGUCCCGGCUGCCCAGAGAAACAUUUUCAUGGAGCGCGUCCAGAUGCCUGGGGGGAAUUUGAUCCUCGAGCGCGGGGAUCCCGUCGAAAUGAAAGCAAAUCGGCAGCCUGUGAUUAUCACCGCCGCCCCUCUGUUAACCCCAGCUGAAAAAGUCGCGGUCGAAGCUUCCAAACUCCGCGUCACUGAAAUGGACCCCUUCACCUGGCCUCUGGCGAGGGGUCGCCGCCAAUUUGCGGACUUGUCCGUGGAUUGGGACGGCCUUCAUGCCAUCGUGCGGGAGAGUACUAUCGUCGAGAUUGAGGACUCCGAUGACGAGUCACCCGCCGCGCCGAACCCAACACCCUCUUCAGCGCCAGUGCCGACCCCUGUCCACACGACGCCAGCUCCACCUUCAACAACCACAGCGCCGACAGCUCCCCUCCCAGCGCCUACUCAAAUUUCGGAGUCCACUGUACUGCCAAACGAGCACGCUCGCAUCCAACAACGUGCCAAUACACCGGCACUUCAACCAGCUCCUGCGUCGGGGAGUUUAGCACCGACGCAUGUCCCUACUGUCGUCCCCACACCUGCUCCCACACUGGCGCCGCCUCAAACCCCCACGCCUGAACCGGUGUCGGCUCCACCUGUCACUCAGAUCGCCCAUUCCACAGUCGCCGCACCAGCCUCCGUCCCCGCCGCAAUGUCUCCUUUCGGCAACCAUAAGCGCUCCGGUAGCGUCGGGUUCGAGGGAAGCGACGCCAAGAAGGUUCGUAUGACCCCUACCCUUGCCCCCACACCUUUGCCGCCACCUCUCCAAAAUUCGUUGUCGAUGCAAUCUUUCGCCUCAACGCCUGCCGCUCCUGUGGGCUUUCUUCCUCACCAGGGCAACCCCGCCUGGCAUUGGCCUGCCCCCAAUACUCACGCAACGCCUGGCGUCGCACCGGGACCUAUCCCGCCGGCUCCCAUCGCUCCCCAGGCAUCGGCGCCCCUCCCUACUCCAGCAUCCACCGACAACGUGGUGACACCGUCGGCCGCGCCGAGCAACCCCGCCUGGCAUUGGCCUGCUCCCAAUACUCACGCAACGCCUGGCGUCGCACCGGGACCUAUCCCGCCGGCUCCCAUCGCUCCCCAGGCAUCGGCGCCCCUCCCUACUCCAGCAUCCACCGACAACGUGGUGACACCGUCGGCCGCGUCGAACGCCUCCAUCAACCCCGUGGCGCUCGGCUUUCUCCAGCACCUGCUGCUCCAACAACAGAGUUCUCAAGGUGGAGGCUUGCCUACCGGAUACCUGACCCCUGGUGUCGAGCAGCCUUCACUCAUUCAGGCAGCAUCCAACAUGGGACUUGACCCCAAUUUGUUGUUGCUCAACAUGUUCCACCAGCAAAACCAACACUUCGGCGGCGGGUUUGGCCCAGGCGCUGGGGGCUCGGGGGCCGGCCCGUCAUCUUGA